CCCGCGCCGCCUGAGGUUGUCACCGCCUCUUAAAGGGGACGUGGUGCAGGGGACAGGCCUGGCCUGAGGCGGGGAGGCAAGGGGGCCCGCGGAGCUGGAAAUGAGCAAUCCCGUGACGCCUUCCACGUACGUCCGCCGCAUCAGCUACGGGCUCAUGAGGCAGCUGGCAGAUUUCAUCGAUCCGCAAGAUGGGUGGAAGAAGUUAGCGGUUGAUAUAACCAACUCCGCCGGUGAAAGCAGAUACAACCAAAUGCAUAUAAGGAGAUUUGAGGCAUUUGUACAAAUGGGAAAGAGCCCCACGUGUGAAUUGCUUUAUGACUGGGGUACAACAAACUGUACAGUUGGUGAUCUUGUGGAUCUGCUGAUUAGGAAUCAAUUUCUAGCACCAGCAAGUCUUUUGCUUCCAGAAACUGCAAGGAUGGCACAAGAAGUUACAUUGCCUCUUUCUUCCCAGGAAACCUUGCCUAUACAUGAGAAACAACUGCCUGUACAGGAAAAAGAAGUGUCAUCUCUAAAGCCUGUUUCAGCUCAGAAUAUUGAGAAGGAACAUUCACCUCCUUCCUACUUAAGUCAAGAAAAUAGCAGCUCACCAUCUAGUAGCACAGAUUUCCAUAAUUUUUCGUUUCGUGACUUGGAAAGUGUUACAAAUAAUUUUGAUGCACGACCAGAAUCGGCUGGAGGUAACAAACUGGGAGAAGGUGGCUUUGGGGUUGUGUUCAAAGGCUUCAUCAAUGGCAGAAACGUGGCUGUAAAGAAACUCGUUGCUAUGGUUGACGUUAGUGUUCAGGACUUGAAACAGCAAUUUGAUCAAGAAAUAAAAAUCAUGGCAAAGUGUCAGCAUGAGAAUCUAGUAGAAUUACUUGGCUUCUCAAGUGACGGUGCUCAGCCAUGUCUGGUAUACGAAUACAUGCCCAACGGUUCCUUGCUUGACAGACUUGCUUGUCUGGAUAACACUCCACCAAUUUCCUGGAAUACAAGAUGUGACAUCAUUCAAGGUACAGCAAACGGCAUCAACUUUUUGCAUGAAAAUCACCAUAUUCACAGAGAUAUUAAAAGUGCAAAUAUCUUAUUAACUGAUACAUAUACACCCAAAAUCUCUGACUUUGGACUUGCAAGAGCAUCUGUAACAUUCACACGAACAAUCAUGACUGAAAGAGUCGUUGGAACAGCAGCCUAUAUGGCACCUGAAGCUCUGCGAGGAGAGAUAACACCUAAAUCUGAUAUCUUCAGUUUUGGAGUAGUCUUAUUGGAAGUAAUAACGGGUCUUCCUCCAGUUGAUGAAAACCGGGAGCCACAGUUACUGUUAAGUAUCAAAGAUGAAAUUGAGGAUGAGGAAGCAACCAUUGAGGAUUAUGUUGAUGCAAAGAUGAGUGACUGGGACGCACCUUCAGUUCAUAAAAUGUAUUCAAUUGCUGAUCGGUGUCUGAAUGAGAAGAAAAGCAGAAGGCCAGACAUUAAGAUGGUCCAACAGCAUCUACAAGAGAUGAAAACUUGAGACCUGUUUCUUCUAAUACACAAAUGUUUUUGAAGGGGAGUAGUCACCAGCAGCAAGUAUUUUCUUAGCAUUUAGUGCAACAUUACUAGCUCUUCUGCUUUCCAGAACUUUCUGAUCUGCACAUAAGUUGUGCUGGCUGUUUUUGUUAAUUAUCACAUAUCCUUAACCGCUGUCCUCUCGGAGUGUGAAAACUUCCUUUGUACUAACAGCUUGCAGUGCUGUGCAGUGCAUCUUCACGGCUUUUUAAAGGUAUUUCCAUAGUAUUUUUUUUUUUUUCCAAUUCUUUUGAUUUCAAAGCAUGGAUUAUGUCUGCUGCAAAGGCAGAGCACAGUAACAGGGUAGAAUGUUUUUUCUGCAAAUUGCUUUCCUGAUCAGGUGUGUUAGACCUUUUUCUAUUAAAGACAAAAAUUUCAUAGGUAGAAAUGGCACUCAUGUUGUCUUGGUGUGAAAAGACAGCAGCAGUACCUUUCUAAAACACAUUUUAUUUAGUUGUUUUCAUUUGCGAGUUCAGAUCUGUGUGAAUGGACCAGUAGUGUUCAUGAGUGUGAUUAUUUUUCAAAAAGACUUCUUGAGAUUAGUUUUAGUCAAAUAAAUGCCGCAAGCCAUAUUCUCAGUUGUUCCUUGGUUUCAAGAAUUCCCAAGAAAGACACUUACUUUGCAGUGUAAAUGCAAAAAUACAUCUGUUUUUCUUCCAGUGAACUCUGUAUGAUGACAGACCAUUUAAUUUCUGUUCCUAGGAUGACUCUUAGCUACUUGAAGUAUUUUACACUUGAGGAGAAGGUGCCGUAUGGGUUAUAAACACAGAUGGUUUAAUUUGUUAACUAAUAAUUCUGUGAAGACCCAAUUCUGCAUUUUUUAGUCACAUAAUUAAGCAAUUUUUUAACAUGUACAUAUGUAUAUUCAUGACUCAAUAAUAAAACACACUUUUUAAAAAGCAAGCCAGAAAGCUUAGAAAGCACAGAAACAUUGUCAGAUUAAAGCAGACUCAACAUGGAAUGAAAGCGACUAGUAAGAUUCCAGAUACUUUGGACUAAGUAGGUAUGAAAAUACUGCCCUUAUAAAUGAAAGAGGUUACUUUCAUAUAAGUCUUCUUUGCACUUUUUUUGCACUUCAUGAACAUUUUCUUGAUGGCUUAGGGGUUGGAAAAUGGUCUGGAAUACAGUUAAAUUUGGAAUUCCAUUAUUAUCAAAGAACAACUGUGAGAAAUGACCUGACUGCAGUUGGGGAUAUAAAUAUCUGUGUAGAAAGCAUGUGCUUUCUAACACUUGUGUUUAUAUCAUUAGAUGUCUGGCCAUUGACUCACUCUAUAUUGCCUUUUCAAACAGACAAAUUGUUUCAUUUAGAAAAAGGUAUCCACCUAAACAGCUUCUAGUUUUAUUCAGCAUCAACUGUAAAAGCCUUUUAAUGUAAAUAAAACCUUUGUUAGCCCUUUAAGCCUUGGAAACAACAAUCAUUUUACCUUGCCUGCAUUUCUGAUGAUGACAUUACGCCAACCUCAGUGCACAGAAUAAAGCUGGACAGCUCUGAACAUGGGCUUGUGGAGGAAAAAAAAAGCUAUAAAGCUUAAUCUGAAUAAAGUCUGCUAAAGCCAUUCUUUGGUUUUGAGUGUCUCCAGCUGUUACGUGGAGGCUUUUUAUUAGAUCGUGUCUGCUUUUUGACUGUUCCCUGGAGCUGGAAUGCAGUCACAGUGUUGUCCUCAAGCAGGUUUGCUGUAGUAACUCAGCACUGUUCACCUCUGGUGCAAUACAGUAGUGUUGCUGAUGCUCCAGCUGUGAUAUUCUAAGUAUUUAUGAGACUCUAAGCUACAGGCACAUGCAUUCCUGUUCUGUCAUGUUAGACCAUGACUAUUUGCAGUGCUGGUGUUGGUACCUAAGUUUCGGCAGUAGUUUUCCCCUCACUCACUGAAAAUAUGAAGCAUGUUAGCUACUUUUUCAUACAGAAAGAAAGAAGAGAAAGUUUUGGAUUUGUUUAGUAUUAUUCUAGGGAGGGAUGAAAGUGUGAGGUGUGGGGUAAUUAGGUAAAGCUACCUAACUUACAGAGUCAAGUGAAAUUUUUGUAAAAACAUUUUUCAUCCACAAUGUGCAUGGAGAAGGAACUUGCUCAUUUUCCCCCUCAGUUUCUGAGGUCUUCAUACAGUAUAGUCUGCACUUACAGGCACUAAUAGGAGAAUAAGAGAGCUGACUUCUGUUUCAUGUAUUCCCUAAAAAGAAAAUUGAUCUCACUAUCCUAAACUAGGAUCCAUACUUCUUUGUAAUAAUUACUAUAGUAAAGCUUUCUAGGACACAAAUUAGCAACUUGAGUAAUUUGUGAGUGAACGGGGGAACUAGUUCCAUAGACCUAGAGGUGAGAGAAAAUUUGAUGUGUUUCCUGGUGGGUGAAGAGAGCUCCAGCCUGGAGAUGCUGUAAGGGAGACAGGGCUAAUAUGUCAGGCCUAGGUCAUGUCUUGGCAGGGGAGGUGCCAGGGAAGGCAUCGCAGGAUCACUGUCCUCAGAGAAAGCGCCCACCUUCUGCCUGUUAAGCAGCUACAGAAUUGUAAAACAUAAAGCCAGUUAGUAACCCCCAGAAGGAGGCAAAAAUGAAAGAUAGCAAAAGUGAUUUAUUGCACUUCCAACUAAGACUCCUGAAAGAAGCAGCAAGAGAAAAGCAAAUGGUAAUGGGACAAAGAAUAGUGUUGUUAAGGAAAGGGUGGGGGAACAUGAGCUGCUAGUAGCUGCUGAGGAAAGAAUGCAAGAACCAGACAUGGAUGUAGAGAUACUGCAUGGAAUAUGAUGGUUAUGCACAGCUUCCAGCUCAUUAGCUUUGAAAAGGAUGCACGGUCUUCAGUAGUUAUUAAGCCUCUAUCAGAUCUUCUUUGAUCAGUUUGUCCUGUUGCCUUUUGAGCCAACAUACCUUUUACCAGCCAUAGUACUUCUAUUACUGAAACAGGAAGAAUUGCCUCAACUUUGACAAGGGCUGGUGGUCUGAGAGUUUUAUUUAUAAACACCCACUGGCCAAAAGGCAAAUACAACUGCUUCACAUAUUCAUGAUCACGUAGAGGCCAAGCCUCUUUCCUCCUCUUACAGGAAGAGCUUUGUUGCUGCAUAGCAUUUUGUGUUACAAUUAUUCUCUCAAAUCCUACACAUCUUCAAGUUUCUUUCUUUUCAACUGCAAAAUUGCUAUAUUGCUGAUUUCCCUCUGGGCAUGUGUUGAUAGGACAGUUCAAGAGAAGUUAAACCACUAGUUAAACCACAUUUCAGCUUGACAUGUGAGAGAAGACUUCACACAAUUUCUUCAAAUUCAAAAGACUUCGCUACUUUCAGUUUAGACAAAGAAACAUUAAUGUAACAACAUCAUUUGAGUAGUUUAAUUAUGCUACCUCACACUGAGCAAGGAACGAUUGAUAAAACUGUCUAAUUACUAAUCAUCUACUUCAGCAUUUUAAAAGGACAGAAGAACUUUUUGAAGGGUAUUAUUACUGAAAGCAUAAAACCCUUAGGAGAUGAGCACCCUUGGAUCCUGCCAUGUAGGCCUCUGUGCUACAUCCACAAGGCACGGGAAAGCAGCUGUUUCCAACAUAGGGACUUUUCUCCAACACAAAAGCCAGGAAUUCUGUUUCUGCCCACCUCCACUCAAACACCUGAAAUCAAGUUUUCUGUCCUGCUUUCCCAUCCCCAUGGGAACUGCAUCUUGCUGCCAUCAUGAUAGCAGUAGAUACAGAUCUUUGUUAAAGAGAUUAUGAAGUGACUUGGACAGCACCAAACUAAAGCAUCAAUCUUUAUUUAUAAAGUAAAUUACAAAAUAGAUAAGGUAAACUUAGUUUUUAGCAUCUGAAGGUGGUUCUCAUUGAAUACAUAGACACCAUAAAUGAAAAGUUUCCUUUAUCAAUAUGUUCAUCAUGGAGCAAUUAUUGCCUUGAUCAGUUUUACAAACCUUUGUUAGGAGUGUUUCAAAAGAUCAGAUUCUCCCUACUUUGUAACAUAAACAUUUCAAAAAUAACCACCUAUCACAUUACUGAACUACUUAAUAGCUUGUGAGUUAACUGCAAGCAGCUGCAUUGCUUUUGGGUUUUAUGAAGGCCAACAAAAACCUGAACAGACACUUUCCAUUAUUAAAUGACCAGACAGUUAAAGGAAUAACUGUCAUUAAUGCCCUGAUUUUGUGCUGGCUCUGAAUAUUCAUUAAUAGCAGUAGUAGUGUCACAUGAGGCAGCGACGCAGAUGUAAACGUGACAGAUCCUACAGGAAGGCCAGAUGCUUCUUAUUGCUGUGUCAGGAGAACAGCCACGCGAUGCUGCCAAGGCAGCACCGGGCUGCACACGGUCCUCUUUGAGGGGAAAAUACACCCAGGACAUGACUCUGCUGGUAGCUCAGGGCUUUCUACACUCACAUAGAAUAUUUUCAAGUAAGGUAACUUACAUUGUCUGGUUUGGGCCCAACUCUAAAGCAGCUCAUUAAACAUGCCCUCACAUAAUCACUUAAUCAUCUCUGCCAUCCUCCAGAUUAAGCUUUCUACCUCCUAUCCUCAUCUACCUAGGGCAGGAUUAGGAAACAAAAGACCCAAGAUGUGCACAUAAUGAACAGUUUGGCCUGAUAUAGUUAUUUAAAACAUUUGGUAUUAAAAAGUUGACACUCCUUUCUUGGCUCAAGUAAGUGUCAAGAUGUACAUGCACUAUCCAUAUGGCUGACACAUAGGCAGGAAUAUUAAAUUCAAACAGCCCCUCUAGCUGUAAUUAUUAACUGCUACACUCAAAAGUUUUCUUUAAAAAAACCACAACAAAUCCCCAAAACCCAAAGUGAAUUAGGUAUACUGAAAAGAUUCAGAGUUCAACUGAAAAUACAUUUAAUUACAGCAUACAAUGAGCUGCAUGCACAUUAGCCAUGGUUAAAAAACAAUGACGCUUGCCUACAGGUAGUACAUAGAAGAAACACUUCAAAGAGCAGGUCCGUGCCCUGGAGGGAGAAGGCAGGAGGCUGAAAAAGAACACCCUAGCUAAGGGCAGGCAGGAGAUUAGCCAGAGAAUCAAGAGCAAUUGAGGUGGAUUGAUGUAAUGUGUAAGAUUAAAUGAAAAAAAGCUGAGGUGUCAAAUUUCUAUUGCAUAUAAAAACCACAGUAAAACCAACAACUAUUGCAAUCUUCACAUUAUAUAGUGCAAUCUCAGACAUCCAUAUCAAGCUAGUAUCUCCAAACAAAAUAAUAUAGGAGAUAAAUCCAAUUUUCUCAAGAACUAGUAGUGUCAAAGCAUUACUUCCCUACAAAACUAGGUUAAGAUCUGUCUUCCACCAGGUAAAGCUGUGAUUCAGCUGUAGAAUGUGUGCACCCAGCACCCACAAUAACAUGUAGUGUAUCAAGACUUGCAGCUCCCAUGUAGCUUUAAAAAUAGUUCAACCCCCACAAAGCUCACAUGCAGAACACUAGAAAGCAAGUGUCCCCUUGGAAAUACAGUCUAUCCACUAGUAUUUGCCUCAGUACACAAUUUUAAAUUUUUAAGGUCAUCCAAUCCUCAAUUUCCAUAUCUAAUUCUUCUUUAAUCCACUUAUUAAAAUAGUCUGAUUUUCCUCUUCCUAUGAAAGACAUUAGUCAGGGUUCAAUCAAGUUUACACCAUUCUGGCUGAUUUUAAUAUUUUGGAGAAGGGAAAGGGGAAAAAACCAAAAAAGAACAAAUCCUAACCAGGUGCUGCCAGCAGUUAUUCAAUACCUAGCUGGACUUUUUUAGAGAUUUAACUUACUAUUAAAGUUCAAACAUUUAAGAAAAUUCAUUUUCAGAAUACCUUGAAAGUUGAAAUUGCAGCUGAUGCUGCCAACACACUAGGAUCUCAAGAGUAACCUGCCAUUAUGAAGCAAAUGUACUUCAAUUUUUAUUGAACUUGCAAUGUUUUAGAU